AUGGGAGUUUUGGAUGUGACACGACAAGGACCUUCGUCAGACGAUAGUAUCAUUGGCUAUGACUAUCAUUCUCAUGCCCCCUAUACCACAAGCUUCAAUGCCAACGAUGAAGUGAGGAUACCAAUCCAGCAACAGGACAUUUACACACUGCCAUCGGAGAGCUAUCUACAUUUGGAGUAUACUGUGACUGGAGCUGCCAACGCUGCUGUGGCCGGAACUCCAUGUGUCUCUGGAUUCUUUGCCAAUCUGUUUUCAGAAAUACGCUAUGAAAUCAAUGGUGUGGAGGUGGACAGCAUACGUAAUCCAGGUAUCACCAGUCUGAUGAAGAAUGCUAUGACAUUCGAGCGAGAUGAACGCAGCAAGAUGGAAGCGGCCGGCUACAAGUUUAGUUCAACCACUGGUUUUGCUAAUUUUGCUGCAGAUGGUACAAAAAUGGAUGUACCUCUACGAUACCUGCUAGGUUUUGCUGAAGACUAUAGACAGAUUUUACUCAAUGUGAAACAAGAGCUGGUGUUGAGAGUCAGUCCUAAUUUCAAUGACUGUGUGAAUGUUGCUGCUGCCAAUGUAGCAAUCACAAAGCUUUUGUGGAGAAUGCCAUAUUUAGAAGUGGCAGAUGAUGUAAGAAUGCGUCUGCUACAGAUUGUACAGAAUGACACACCAAUCAGUAUACCAUUUCGACAUUGGGAAUUGUACGAGUACCCAACCUUGCCGCAAAGUAUAAAACAUACAUGGACUGUUAAGUCAACAACUCAACAUGAGAAGCCGCGCUACAUUGUGGUUGGGCUACAGACUGCAAGACGAGGUGUAGCAGCAGCUAACAGUUCAAAAUUUGACAAGUGUAGUAUGAAGGAUAUUCGAGUGUUUUUAAACAACAAAUACUACCCAUAUGAGAGCAUUGAUGGUGAUGAUAAUCGCAUCUACAACAUGUAUGCAGCUUUCAAUGGAGUCUACAAUCAUGAUAAUGCUCGCUCAUCUAAACCUCUGCUUGAAACAGGAGCUAUAAGCACUGAUAAUAUAAUGUUGUUUGCUUUCGAUUGCUCCCGCCAAAAUGAAUCACUCAAAACUGGAAGUAUCGAUGUGAGGAUUGAGUUUGAAGCUACUGACAACAUACCCGCCAAUACACGAGCCUACUGCCUAAUGAUUCAUGAGAUGACUAAACAGUAUCGGCCAUUGACUGGUCUAGUACAGUCAGCAUAG